GUAAUUAAUUGUCAAUGUCAACGAAAAGGUCAUGUUUUGUAAUUCGUCCAAAUUUUUAUACUUUGUCGUUAAAUUUAAAUAAUUUUUAACGCAACUUGCCAGUAUCGAAAAAUCAGCGGGAGUGAUAGCCAAGUAUAAUUCUCAAGUUUCAUUAUUAACAUGCUUCUUCUAUGGACCAAAGUAAAGACAUAUUUGGAUUAACUUCUAAAUGUAGUAUUGAUUUCCAUGAAGUUUUACGAUUUCCUAACGAAAAAAGAGUGGUGGCUCGACGUCGUUGGGCUAUUUUGGCUAAAGCCCUUAAGAGCCCCACAGAAAGUCAGCCUUCCAGUCCAACUGAUGAAUGUUCCGUACGUCGAAUUUCCUCCUUCAUGCUAUUGAAAACACAGGAGCUUACCUCAUUGCCUCUAGUAAUUAAAGAAAACCAAAACAUUGACCAAUUAAAAAAAUAUACAUGGUAUAAAUAUUCUAUAUGUAUAAAUGGUAGCGACUAUUUUUUAGAUAUAGCUCAUAGAAACCGCACUUUUUCCGCUGAAGAUUUAAUGGGAUUUAACAACACUGGUAACAUUUGUAUAUGGCCAUCUGAAGAAACAUUAAGCUACUUUGUUUGCUCAAAUUUAGAAAUAUUUAGAGACAAAAAUGUGAUAGAGUUGGGUGGGGGUAUGUCUUGCUUAGCGGGACUGUUCGCUGCCAAAUAUGGUCGUGCUAAAAGUGUUCUAGUGUCCGAUGGAAAUAAAGUAUCCGUAGAGAAUGUUCAAAUUACACUCAAAUGCAAUGAGUUUGGAAGUGAAGUCAGCUGUGCGAUUCUCGAAUGGUCUUCCUCCGUUAUAAAGGAUCAGUAUGACGUUGUUCUUUGUGCUGAUUGUCUAUUUUUUGACGAUGCGAGAACUGAUUUAAUCAAUUGUCUGUGGUGCUGUCUGGCCAAUAACGGUACUGCGUAUAUAAUGGCUCCACAAAGAGGUACUACCUUAAAUAUGUUCAUCAAACAAUCUGAAGAGAAAGGCUUCACUUGUAAAAUGAUUUUAAGAUAUAGCGAUGUUGUUUGGGACAAACGAUUAGCACUUCUGGAUAAUUGUGAUUUUGAUGAUAAUAUUCAUUACCCUAUACUCAUAGAAGUGACCAAAGAAUAAGUGUCCUUAGUAUUUGGCAUAUUAUAUAUUUAUACCAAUAACGGUAAUUUAUUAUUAUUAUUAUUAUUAUCAUUAUUAUUAUUAUAUAGACGACCAUAUUCCUUAUAUAUAUCUAGUCUGAUAUUUACCUUAUCUGUGAUAAUUAAUACCAAUUUCCUCUGAAUGUUAGUAUUUGUUAGAAAACUAUAUGUUAAUUUAUUAUAUUGUCAAUAUAUUUACAUAAAAAUUAAAUUAUUCACCAUAAAAGAAACUCUUUUCCUUUAAUUUUUAGAAUGUGACAAUACUGAAUAAGAAAAUUAUCCAGUAGCAUUUCAACUAUAAUGUACUUACUAUUUUUAUUAGUUCUGUGGUACUUUUCACAUAAAAUUGUAGCUUUAGUUAACACAAAGUGAACUCAAAUUAAAUUUGAGAUAGGUUACAAAUCGAAGAAAGAAAUCUUUAUUAAGCUAAAUUUUGGGGUCCUCCCCAUCUCUUCAAAAAAUUUUCAAUAAUUUUUCUUCGUUUUAUUUGUUUUAUCGACGCAUUUGAGAUAAAAAUUAGCUCCAAGCUUAGAAAUCAAAAUUUCAACAAUUUUUUGGUUGUUAAAAAAAGAUGAAAAUUAUUAAGUAUUAAGUAUAUUAUUAAUCGUACCAUUAUUUUCAUUAACAAGAAACAAAUUGUUAUACACUAAUUAAAUCAUUAUGGGAUUCACGCAACGUUACAAAGAAAGCAUGAAGAAAGAGAAUCCUAACCUAACCUAAAAAGUUUUUAAUAAUUUGUAAAAAUUCUUUAAAUUUGGACAUUAAAUUGUUUUUUUUAAUUGUUCAUUUUUGCACAUACUUUCCAAAAACAUACCGAUAAAAAUACAGCUUUCAGACAAAUGGCUCUUGGAUUUUUUAUCUUUAAUGUACCUAAAAAUAAAGAAAAUGAAUUAGGGUGUACUCCACUUUUAAAUAAUAACCUCAACAUGAUCACCAAGUCUAUUUAUAAGAAUUUCGUGCCAAGUCUGGACUGUAUGGGGGGUAACUCCGACCCGAACCGUCUCAACAUUAUAUUAUUUCUUAGUCUUUCUAUGACACAAGGGGGUCGCCAGAAUUUUUCCACUUGUAAAUGGGUCGCAAAAUCAAAAAGAUUGAAAAACACUGCAGAAAGAUGACAAACUCAUUAAACAUGAUCUAGACACACUCUAGAUAAGACCUGAAUCCCAGAAAAUAGCUGCUACAACUUUACCGGUAUUUUUAUAGAGUGCUAUUUCAAAUUUCAUUGUCAUUGAUGGUUUUGGGUGUUCCGUGCCGUGUUGAUUUCUUUUGUUGAAUAACUUGGCCGGUUAUGGUCAUCCUGUCUGCCUGAUUGAAAAUAGCUACAUAAUUUCGCUACAUAUUGUUUGCUCGUUGCUUCUUCGUAAUGAACUUUCACGAUUUGAUAGUAAAUAUAUAGUAAAUUUGUAAAGCGGACACAUAAUUUUUCCAUAAAAAUGGAAUUAUGCAUCGCACUU